CAAGCUAAACCAAACCAAAUCAACGUCGACUGCGAGAACACGCCGAUGUCGCACUAAAAGAGUGCAGCCGACUUAUUUUUCAUCUUUCUACGCAACAUGCAAGCGCGUCGAGAUGUCAUCAGUAAACAAAGGCUUUCACUGAAUUAAGUUGCCGAGUGGCAGCGUACUGUGUAGAUAUUCGCAUGAUUUUAAAUACGCACGUACAGGUUCACUAAGUAUCUCCUGAAAAAAAAAAAAAGAACAGCCACGCGCUAUCUCGCCGUGCGCAAAUAGGCAGAAGAAGAAGGCCGUGCGCGCGCACUGCACGUAUCACGGGCCACGGUCUCCGCGGCCCUGCAUUCGAACCUCCGGAAGCACCGAUGUGCGGCCAGUCUGCCCCGGGUACCGCACUGCUGGACGAAGGAUCAGCGGCGCCAGAAGACUGUCUCGUGAGCCGUUGCCACAGGGGAGCCCUGACUGGGAAGGAAAGACUGCAAGAUCGUCACCAUGGCCGACUUGCCAGCGACCGCGGCGGCCGUCGCACCGACGAUCAGGUUCCCCAUGUCGCUGACUUCCACCAGCGAAACCGUCAGCCCCAGCGCAUACACGAGGAUCCUCGCCGUCAUUUCGCGAGAGACCACCUUAAUCGACCAGACCCGGGAGCGCUUCAUUCUGCUCGUGAUGACCACCCUGCUCCUGCUCAUCAGUGUCACAAUGUUCGGCAUACUCUUCACGCUGCUCUCGCAGGACUGAAUCAUCGCAGACGGAUUCCAGGCAACAGUCCUGGUUGCCGGGCCUUGUCUCAACGAAAAUCGAGAUAUAUUUCGCAAAUAAAUGCACGGAUCAACUGAAAGCAAUGGCUGUACAGCAAACUACGUAUGAUUAAACGUACA